GGCCGCCCGCCUCUUUCUCCGCCCAGUCAGCGUGUUGAUGUGUCUGGGAGGGUUGUGCUCUCGAGCUCGCUCUCUCUCUCUCUGUGUCAGUGUGUGAGUCUGGAGGUGUUUGUUUUUGGCGCUGCAUCCGUCAACAUUUCUUUUUCACACCCCCCUGCCCCCCCAUCCACGGUCCCCCCACCGAAUUGCAAGCAGCUGAGGAAAAAGGAAAAAAAAAGGGGGAAAGAGGGAAGAUCCCGCGGCUUUAGUGGCGGGUUGUGUGCCUGACUGACUGAAACUGACUGCAUUCUUUGCAAAAAAAAGUUGAUCCUGAGACUGACCCAUUUUCCAUAGCUGAACUGCAGUGCUCACUUUUCAAAAACUGCUGAUAACUAAGAUGAGUCUAGUCUAAAUUGGAAUCUUUGGAAUUUGGUAUCAUCGAAGAAAUGGUUGUAACUCUAUUCCUCACUAGACCUGUCAGCAUCAGCUAAGAAAUUCAACACCAACAAAUUAAGCACUGGCAGUCUUGUGGAAUGCUACUAUAAAGAGCAUGAGAAAUAGUCAGAAGUGAAGUUAACAAGAUAAUAGUAGUUGCCAUCCCAAUAUCUGUACAACUGGAAUCCCAUAAUUUCGAUCAGGGCAGAAACCAAAGGACAAAGUAUUUUGCCAUUCUGUAUUGUUCAUUCUCCCCCUUUUCAUUUGUCGCUGUCAACAGGAUUGGUCAUUGUCUUAAUAACGUUUGUGGACUGAAUUACAUCUGUAUUGUAACAAAAUGUUUGGUUUUAUGGAACCAGCUGAUUUAGCUGUUGUAGGACUUUAUUUUGUUCUUGUAUUGAGCAUUGGAUUUUUUGUAAUGUGGAAAUCCAACAGAAGUACCGUGAGUGGGUACUUUCUUGCAGGACGCUCCAUGACCUGGGUGGCAGUAGGUGCUUCAUUGUUUGUGAGCAAUAUUGGGAGUGAACACUUUAUUGGUUUAGCAGGAUCUGGAGCAGCCAGUGGUUUUGCAGUGGGAGCUUGGGAGUUCAAUGCAAUGUUACUUUUGCAGGUAUUAGGUUGGGUCUUCAUCCCAGUCUAUAUUAGAUCUGGUGUUUAUACCAUGCCACAAUACCUUUCCAAACGUUAUGGUGGUAAUAGAAUAAAAAUUUAUUUUGCUUUCUUGUCCUUGCUACUGUAUGUCUUUACAAAGCUUUCUGUUGAUUUGUAUGCCGGAGCACUGUUCAUCCGAGCAUCACUGGGUUGGGAUCUAUAUCUCUCUAUCAUCAUUUUGAUUGCAUUGACUGCAGUGUUAACUGUCACAGGAGGACUUGUGGCUGUCAUCUACACAGAUGUUCUACAGGCCAUUCUUAUGAUUGGUGGAGCUUUAACACUGAUGGUUGUCGGUAUGGUCAAGGUUGGAGGUUUUGAGGAAAUGAGACGAAAAUACAUGCUCGCCUCACCAAAUGUUACUGGAAUCAUUGCUUCCUUCAAUCUAAGUUCUACGAACACUUGCCGUAUCCACCCAAAAGAAGAUUCUCUGAAGAUGCUGCGUGAACCAACUGAUGAGGAUAUUCCUUGGCCUGGUUUUCUGUUGGGUCAAACGCCAGCCUCUGUUUGGUAUUGGUGCGCUGAUCAAGUCAUUGUGCAACGAGUCUUGGCAGCAAAGAACCUCGCUCACGCCAAAGGAGCCACUCUGAUGGCUGGUUUUCUAAAGCUUUUGCCCAUGUUUAUCAUAGUCAUUCCAGGGAUGAUUUCCCGGAUUCUCUUUACCGAUGAAGUUGUUUGCAUUAAUCCAGAACACUGCAUGCAAGUAUGUGGUAGCAGUGCAGGUUGCUCAAAUAUUGCUUACCCACGCCUGGUGUUGGGAAUCUUACCUGUAGGUCUUCGUGGCCUCAUGAUGGCGGUCAUGAUUGCAGCCUUAAUGAGUGAUUUGGAUUCUAUAUUCAAUAGUGCCAGCACAAUAUUCACCCUUGACAUCUACAAGCAUCUUCGAAAGGCUGCCAGCUCUCGAGAACUUAUGAUGGUAGGUCGUUUAUUUGUAGUUUUCAUGGUGGGUAUAAGUAUUGCCUGGGUUCCUAUAAUUGUAGAGAUGCAAGGAGGACAAAUGUAUCUCUACAUCCAAGAGGUAGCAGGGUAUCUCACGCCACCUGUGGCAGCAGUGUUCCUACUUGGUAUUUUCUGGAAACGCUGUAACGAGCAGGGGGCUUUCUGUGGAGGGUUAGUUGCAUCAGUUUUGGGAAUUUCUAGAUUGAUUCUUGCUUUUGUAUAUCAUGUGCCAGAAUGUGACCAGUCUGAUACCAGACCAAGCUUUAUCAGAAACAUUCAUUACAUGUAUUUGGCAGCAGCUUUGUUUUGGAUUACCAUCAUUAUAGCAGUCAUAGUCAGUCUGCUAACUCCCCCUCCUGCCAGGGAUUUGAUUAGCACCACCACAUUCUGGGCAUUAAGAGACACAGAAAUCAUGCUACGUUGUCUUGGAGAAGAAUCUGAUAAAUUAACAGAAAAAAGUGUGGCAAAAUGUGAUGAUGAUAUCAGAUGUGCAGAGAUUUCUGAUUGUAAACAAAAAGAUGAUGAUUGUUCUCCACCAGCUGAUCGAAUAGAAUUGGUUCUUUUAAUGCCCGGACAUGGUGAUCCUAAAUCCAUGACUUUACAUUGUAAUGAAAUUCUGUCAGCAAAUGACUCUUUUGUAAAUGGCCAAACAACGCCAGUGGACCAAAUGGAUCAAAGGGAAACUGAACUGAAAAGAAAUAUGUGGUGGAGAUGUUUUGAUCAGUGUUGUGGAAUCAAAAGUUAUAGCAUGAAAAAGACAGAAAAAGAGUCUAUAGAAAGUGAAAUAGUUUGCUUACAAAUGUUGCAAGAGAGUCCCAAAGUUAAAUUGAUACUAAAUUUUGGUCUUGUUGUUGUUUGUUCUAUUGGCAUAUUUAUGUUUAUCUAUUUCUCUUUGUAAAAUGAAUGAUUUUUUUUUAAUGAUAAUAUUGUGUUCCACCUUCCCGGCCCGGAGUUGGUGAUGCUUUUUGGUCCAUUUUGGGAAAGAUAUACAAAGGAGUAAGGAUGAGGCUUUAGUAUCAGUUAAUGUCUGUCUGGUUAAAUGAAGACACAUUUAUACAUGGUGUUCAUUGAAUUAUUUGUUUUGUUUGUGGCUUGUAAAUAGUUUUAGAUACUUUGUGACAAGCAUGUAUAUAGAUAUCCUUUUCAUUUACUAAUCAUUUAUCCAUUUUCUUAUUGCCUGUUAGUUUCUGUAAUGAUGUAUUAUAUUAGGCUAGGGUGAAUUUGAAGGACAUGUUGAAGGAAUCUGAAUUGAUUUUGGGUGCAGCAGAAAUCCCAGAGCCAACAUGUAACACCGCAAAUUAUUAUUUUUUGAUAAUUAAAUCCAACCAUCCACUUGUUCAUAAAGGUUACUUUUUUUCUUGUGUUGUCAUCUAAUAGAGAAAUAGUGUUGCUGACAAUGAACUUUGAAUUAGCAGACUUACAAGAGAUUAGUAUUUGGUGAGAUGAAUGUCAAAUUGGAUUUUUGGGGGGAGGAUCAUUGGAUUAUAAUGCUUAAAAUAGAUUGUUCUGAAAGUGACAACUACUUGUGUUGAACAGGAUUUGCUUAGAACUUGCUACUUAAUUGUCAUAAUGCCUUUCUGAAAGUUCACAUCAGGUUAUAGUAAACUAACUACCUAAUUGUGUGAAUCACAAAAGUAUUAUCACUAUUAUUUGCUUUAAUUACAUCCCUACUUUUGAACUUUCCUCCUUUCUUGGGUCAUUGAUUGUGUCUUUUUUCAGCUCUGUGCCCUUGAUUCAUGGGAUUCGCUGCUUCAAUAUGACUACUACCUGUGGACGACACCACAAUAGCAUUUGCCAAAGUCUCAAAUAACACUUUGUUCUCCAGGAUUUAACUGUAGAAUUGAACAUGACUCGGAACUGAAUCAUCUUUCAUUUCCUCUACCUUGGUACCAACCUAACCAAAUCAAACACAAUCAGCACAGAUUCAAAAGGUUCUAUUCCAGUAUUUACAUGAUCCAGGGCAAAUAUAUGUGGAGACUCUGAAGCCAUACCAGGAAGUGCUUUGAAAUCCAAGCUACUCAUUAAAAUUUUAAGACCAGGAAACACAAACCAAUCACAAUCCUCUGACACAAAACAAUUAAACACAAUUUCCAUUGUGGAAAUUAAUUCUAUAUAUAAAAAGAUUACAUGGAACCAAGUGUUCCUGGGAAAUCAAAUACCUACAUAUUUUCAGAACCAAUAGGUGCAGCUUCCCUGGUUUUUUUGUAUCCCUUUUUAAACAUUCCAUUCAGGAUUAAAACCAGUAUAGACUAGUAUCAUCUCUAUCACUAUUACUCCAUGCACAAAUAUAAUUGCUCUUACAAUUGGAUGCCCAGAAACUCUGCCAUUAACCAUCUGAUGUCCAUAUCAUGACAGUUUAGUUGAUUUUUCCAACAGCAAUUUACAAUUUUUAAUACAUUUUAUGAUUGAUCCACUUUGCAUUUAGUUAGCACUUUACAGGAUUGUUGAGAAACUGGCAUUCUGUCACCUGAGCAAACCUUUAUGAAUAGAUAUUUAGCUGUUACUUCUCCAUUUUUCGCUCAUUCUGACAUUAAUGAACCACAGUACAUUGGACCAUUUGUCUUAAGGCUACACAUUCCUGUGAAAAAUUGCUGCUUUCGUUUUGCGCUGCCUCUAUGGAGGUUUGCAUUAUCCAGAGCUGAUUUAGAAGCAGACUAUAUAUGGUGCGUUGAUGCACAAAAGGAACAACAAUAACACAAAGAGUUGAUGGUGAGUGGGAAAUUGGCCGUGACAUGUUUCGUUGAGGUAGCCUGCUGAACUCGACUGAAAUAAUUGAAAACCUUCACUUGGAUGAGAUAGAACAAUGGUGCAUCUAACUUGUGGAACCAUAUCUACUGUUUGGAAUUAAUCUCUCUGGAAGCGACAAGGAGGGACAAAUUUGACAGGGAAAUGAAGGUACAUCGUAAACGAAGAAUCAUUUGUCAAGAUCCAUCUUUUAAAAAGAGAAUGUGUACACAGUCUGAAGGUUCCCAUUUGAAGCAUCUGGCAUCCAGGAAUUGAAUGGAAUAAAGUGAAUAUUGGUUUAUAAAACAAUUUGAAAAUCCCAUCUAAGGUAGUUUAUCCUCCUUGCCCCAGCCUAGUGGCCAUGAAAUUUUACAUGAUAACUUAUUCAAAAUUAUGUCCAAAUAUGUCAACUUGGUGUUCAGCAGGUGCAUUGAGUUCUGUUUAUUUAUUUUCUAUAUAAAUGGUACAAUACAAAUGCCCUCUAAAUUAAAGAUAAUUUCAUCCCAUAUUGUCUGUAAUAGACAGUAUAAAAAUGUGAUCAUUAGACUGCAUGCACCAUUUGUUACAUUCCACCUUUUACAUUAGCAAGAGGGCUGAGUGCAGCCUGACUUGUCAUCGCAGUUGAGGAUUCAAACUCCUGCCAGGAAAAAGUGCAUUAUAUUUAGACAUAAUUUUGGACACACAAUAGUUUUAUAAUAGUAGAAAUAUCAUCUGAAAUUGAUAUGUCUUGUACAUCACCAAGAUUUAUACACUUCAUAUUAUAGCAUUGAAUUACCACUUUUAUGUUUGAAGUAAUUCCUUGAUAGUAUGGAAUAUUGUGGUGCUGGAUAAGGCAGAUCAGUUUCAAUGUUGCCUAAACAUUGCAAGCAUUUCUACACUUUUAAAACUAUCAUCUUCUUAAAUUAUAUUUAAACAUAUUAAGUUAGUGAAUGGCAACAGAAGUGUCACAUUUUGCUCUACAGGAUUUUUUUUCCACACACACACGUGACAGGUGAUACCUCAAUUCAGACCACUUCUAAAAUGCAUUCCAACAUGAAGUGGUUGAACAAUUUGGUGAGGGGAGGGGGAAUACUAUUAAAAGCUAUGAUCUCUUAAUUGAAAUUUUAGGGUUAAAGGGUUGAAUCUUUAUAAAUCUGGCUCAAAACAUUCCACAAACGUGUUUCCAUUGUGAACACAUCUUUAAGAACUUGAGCCAGUUACAAAAUACUUUUUUCUGUAUUUAUUCUGACUGGUAUCCACUCAGAUUUGAUGAGUCUUUUUGUAAAAACAUAAGACAUUUUGAUAGCAAACAAGUUCAAAUUAAAACUCGUUAAACUCAAAAGGAAAUGCAGAUUUUAACUAAUUGAAUUUUUCAAAAUUUACGUGGAAAAGUGAGAAUCAUCAGUUCCUUGGCUGAUUUUAAUUUUAAAGAUUAAUAGGAAAAUCUUUGGAGAGCACAGCCCAACUAUGUGGCAUAUUAGGGAAUGACAAUCUCUUAAUAAAAGGUUAUGGGGUGUAGCAACAGUAUGCCCAAUAAUUUGAGUAAAUGAAAUAAUUUUAACUUCACUUGGGUGUUUGUGUGUGUGAGAGAGUCUCGGAGAGAGUGUACGAUUUUCCUAAGUAAUUGCUUCACAUAUGAUCAAGAAUGGGAGCCUCCAGAGAAAGUACAUCCAGACCUUUUUUUUAAAAAUUAAAGUAUGUAUUGUGAAAUUCCACGUAACGUGGAUGGAACAGCAUUCAAGAAUAAUGUUCAUACUCGUGCAGUUUACAUAGAUAUGUGAACCUGAAAACUUUGUAAACAUAAAAGUGCUGAUACUUUAACAUUUUCUUGCUGUUUCAAUGUUAUUCUUGAAGUAUUUUGUUUUGCUGAACUAUAAACUAAUAAAGUUCAAGUUACAUAUUGAAAUAUUGUUUAUAAUUCUUUUAACAAGUAACGUGGAUUUUUAAAAGUUUAGAGUGCCACACUAGCAAUGUAAAAAACUGCAAAAGUUGAUUAAAAACUAGCUGCAAGGUGCUUGUUUGUAUUUCCAGAAAUCGUAUUAUGCCAAAUUCACAGUGGUAGCUUUAGGUAGCCUAAUGAUUUGAUGUAUUGAGUGUUCAAAGUCUCCUAGGAACUUGUUGGAUGUAGAAUCAAUUUCUAAAUUACUGCCAUUACUUCAACUUUCACAGCCUUUACUACCAGAACUUCAACCAUGAUCGGAAUAUAGACCUAUAAACUCUUGAGUCAAAUGUAUGAGAGUUUGUAUUCAGGAAUUAAUAUAACAAGUAUAAUGUAAUAUAAUCAGAAAAGAGCUAGUCCUAUUAAUCACAAAGAACAUCGGGGACAGGAAAUAUCAGCAAAAUAUUAAAAUUGGCAGGACGGAGGAAAAGGAUGAGGCUACUCUAUUUGUAGUAUAGAGCUCAUGUAACUUUUGAAAGAA